AAUUCGAAUCCGCUUUACAUCAUCAAUUAAUUAAACUGUUCUAUAUAGAAAAGUGAUGAUUAAAAAGGCAUGGCCAAAUACAAAUUGAGUGUUAAUUUACUUUUCUCUCACAUCCUUCAUUUCUCUCAGCGUGAUCCGAGUUGGUAACUCACCAAACGAGUUCGUCACGCUGACUCGGUUGUACAGGCGGCUAUUCGUCAUCUCGCCACGCAUAAUUCUUCUCCACCCAAUCGAAUAUAUCCGAUUUCAUAACCACCACAACUUCUUCGAUCUCUUCCCUAACACACUUCUUCUGCAACUUCAACAUACAUACACUUUAAUCUUCUUUCUCUGCGUUGAUUUCAUAGAUUUUGCUUUCGUAAUCGUAAGCAAGAUCUUCGAUAACAAACUAGUUACUCUCUUUUUUGAAGAUCCUUCGAUUCAAUUACUAGAGUUGGUUGGUUUGGAUUGGAUUGGAUUCAAUUGGAGAGAGAGUUGAAUUCGAUAACGAUCGGUUUCGAAUAAUUAUUGUUCUUUUCGGUUGAUCGAUUUUUAUUCGAGGAGGAUUUUGUAAUCUGUGUUGUAGACUAUAGAGAUUUUGGCGGUAUGGUUAGCGGUCACAUUUUUCACUGUAGAAAGAAUUCGUGGCCUCCGGAAGAGUACAUCAGUAAAACCACUUUACAGUUGUUUGAUUUUGAUAGUGCUGCUCCGCCUGAACAUGCUUGGAGAAGGAGAUUAAAUAGCCAUGCAAAUCUUCUUAAAGAAUUUAGAGUAACUUUUAUGGAAGCUAUAAAGAUGGUUCGAUUAGGUAUACGCAUGUGGUCAUAUGUUAGGGAAGAGGCUUCUCAUGGAAGGAAAGCACCUAUAGAUCCUUUCACUCGAGAAAGUUGCAAGCCAUCUGCAUCUCAAGGAGUUCCACUUGGAGGGAUGGGGAGUGGCAGCAUAUCAAGAGGAUUUAGAGGUGAGUUCAGACAAUGGCAAAUCAUUCCUGGUCUAUGCGAACCAUCACCUGUCAUGGCCAACCAGUUCUCUAUUUUUGUAAGUAGAGAGGGAGGAAACAAAAGGUUUGCAUCAGUUUUGGCUCCUGGUCAGCAUGAAGGUUUAGGAUCUAGCAAGAAAGCUGAUGAACAGGGUAUAUCAUCAUGGGGAUGGAAUCUUAAUGGCCAGCACUCAACUUACCAUGCUUUGUUUCCAAGAGCUUGGACUGUUUAUGAUGGUGAGCCUGACCCAGAACUAAAAAUAUCAUGCCGGCAGAUAUCCCCUUUUGUACCACAUAAUUACAGGGAAAGCAGUCUGCCUGCUGCUGUUUUUGUCUAUACGUUGGUAAACACCGGUAAGGAAAGAGCUAAAGUCAGCCUUUUAUUUACUUGGGCGAAUUCUAUUGGUGGAAACUCUCACUUGUCAGGAGAUCAUGUGAAUGAACCAUUCAUAGCUGAAGAUGGCAUCUCCGGUGUACUUCUAAAUCACAAGACAGAAGACAACCCUCCUGUUACCUUUGCUAUUGCUGCAUGUGAAACACAGAAUGUUAGUGUUUCUGUUUUACCAAAUUUUGGGCUGUCCGAUAGAAGUAGUGUAACGGCAAAAGGAAUGUGGUCUCAAAUGGUGAAGGACGGGCAAUUUGACCGGGAAAAUUUCUCUUCUGGACCCAGCAUGCCCUCAUCACCUGGAGAUACACUAUGUGCUGCUGUUUCAGCUUCCGCAUGGGUGGAACCCCAUGGAAAAUGUACUGUUGCAUUUAGUCUUGCUUGGUCAUCUCCUAAAGUAAAGUUUGUCAAAGGCAGCACUUUCCAAAGGAGAUAUACAAAAUUUUAUGGGACUUCUGAUAGAGCUGCAGUGGACUUGGCUCAUGAUGCAUUGACACAUUAUAAACGGUGGGAAGAAGAGAUUGAGAAAUGGCAGAAUCCUAUUCUUAAGGAUGAGAAGCUACCAGAAUGGUACAAGUUUACAUUAUUUAAUGAACUCUACUUUCUCGUUGCUGGAGGAACAAUUUGGAUUGACACUCCUUUGCAAUCUUCAAAUAUGAGGAAUAGUCAGGAUCAGGUGAAAGAGUCAGAAAAUGCAGUAGCCCAAAUAACUGAACCUAAAGUAGACUGCAGAAAAAGGGAAACAGACAGUACCUAUGAUUCUACUCUUAGAAAAGCAAACUCCACUAACACUCUGCAUUGUUCAACAAUGAAAAACCUGCAACAUGAUGAUGAUAAUGAUGAUGGUGGAAGGUUCUUGUACUUGGAAGGUGUGGAAUAUGUCAUGUGGUGCACAUAUGAUGUACACUUUUAUGCUUCAUUUGCGCUUCUUAAGCUCUUUCCUCGUAUUGAAUUAAGUAUACAGCGGGAGUUUGCUAAAGCUGUUCUGUGCGAAGAUGGAAGAAAAGUAAAGUAUCUGGCAGAGGGAAACUGGGGAAUUCGUAAGGUUUAUGGGGCUGUCCCACAUGAUUUGGGGACACAUGAUCCGUGGCAUGAAAUGAAUGCUUAUAACAUUCACGAUACUAGUAAGUGGAAAGACCUGAACCCAAAAUUUGUACUUCAGGUGUAUCGAGAUUUUUCUGCAACAGGUGAUUUGCAAUUUGGAGUCGAUGUGUGGCCUGCUGUCCGUGCUGCAAUGGAGUACAUGGAGCAAUUUGAUAGAGAUGCUGAUGGUCUUAUUGAGAAUGACGGUUUCCCGGAUCAAACAUAUGAUACAUGGACUGUCCAUGGUGUGAGUGCUUACUGUGGUGGUCUUUGGCUUGCUGCUCUUCAAGCUGCAGCUGCAAUGGCCAUUCAACUAGGCGACAAAGAUUUUGCAGAAACAUGCAAAAGGAAGUUUCUGAAGGCUAAACCAGUAUUUGAACAAAAGUUGUGGAAUGGUUCUUAUUUUAACUAUGACAGUGGAUCAAGUGGUAACAGUAAAUCCAUUCAAGCCGAUCAAUUGGCUGGGCAAUGGUAUACAGCAUCCUCAGGGCUGCCCUCUCUUUUUGAUGAUUUCAAAAUCAAAAGUUCCCUCCGGAAGGUUUAUGAUUUCAAUGUGAUGAAAGUUAAAGGCGGCAGGAUGGGUGCUGUAAAUGGCAUGCAUCCCAAUGGUAAGGUGGAUGAAACCUGUAUGCAGUCUCGAGAGAUAUGGACAGGUGUGACCUAUGGUGUUGCUGCAACAAUGAUACUUGCAGGAAUGGAGGAGGAGGCCUUCACAACUGCUGAGGGUAUAUUUUUAUCAGGCUGGUCAGAAGAUGGAUACGGAUACUGGUUUCAGACUCCAGAGGCUUUGUCAAUUGAUGGGCACUAUCGGUCCCUCAUCUAUAUGAGGCCACUGGCAAUUUGGGGCAUGCAAUAUGCAUUAAGUCUGCCAAAGGCAGUACUUGAGGCCCCUAAAAUGAACUUCAUGGACAGAAUCCACCUACCUCCUGUUAGCGGAGGAUUACAUAACGAAACAGGUGACUUCUUCACAUUGUUACGGACCCAACCCUCUCGUAGAGAAGCUGUUAAAAACGGAUGUCAAGGGAAGGUCGGGGUUCCGUUGUAACUUGUAAUAACUUGUAAUAAUAUAUAGCCUGUAAGUUUAAAGCUAAAUAAGUACAGAUACAUUUUACUGUAUAUUCUUAUUUAUUAGAGUUCCCAAUUGAAUGUUGCAAUCAUCUUCCAUUUA